CUUCUAGCCGGGACAUCUCAUUCAACCCUCGCAUGUCCAUCAACCUUCUCCGAUCUCUGCGACUGACAUCGAGUAUACCCACCCAUCGCUCCUCUCUUUCUCACUUCUACCUUUCCACAGCAACAUUUGCUACCAUGUCCCGACGAAGUGCUAGAACAGCUCUACAGCCCACAGCCGCCAACCUCGCGCCCCAGUCCACCUCCCCUCCUCCCGCUGAACCAGUCAAGGCCGAGUAUCCGCCCAAGGCAGCGAUCAUGGCGGCGCUCAUGACGCCCGAGGAUGACGAGGAGCUUACCCCUCCACCUUCCUCGCCUGUGUCCCAGAGAGAGGAAGCGGUGGACGAGGCGGCCGAGAAGGUGGUCAACAAGCGCAAGAGGGCGGUUAAAGCCAAGGAGCCACGAGAGGAGGAGCAAUAUGAAGAAGAGAGCGAGCUGGAGGAAAAGCCGAAACCCAAAAAGCGUGCUACAAAGAAGAAGGCUGUCAAGACAGAGGACGAAGGGGAGGGUGGUGAACAAGAAGACAAGCCGAAGAAGAAGACGCCCAAGAAGAGCAGGAUCGCCAAGGACGAGCCCGAAUAUGAUGAGGAUGGCAAUGAGAUUGUCAAGAAGAAGCGGAAGGCGAGGGUAUACCCCAAGAAGGUAUACGAGAUCCCAGACGUGGAGCGAAAGACGACCCAUUUCAAAGGGAGGCUGGGAUACGCUUGUCUCAACACCGUGCUGCGGGGGAACAAGCCUGACAGCAUCUUUUGCUCAAGGACCUGUCGAAUUGCUAGCAUCGAGGAAGAAGGUAUGGAACUGCCCAAAGGACUCGCGAUGAUGAAUGUCCGCGACCUCAAGACCAUGAUCCAGUGGAAUGAGGACAACAAUAUCCGCUUCAUGCGCAUGUCUUCUGAAAUGUUUCCUUUCGCCUCUCACGCCAAAUACGGCUAUGACCUGGCGUUCGCGGGCGAGGCGUUGAAAGAGGCAGGGGACUUGGCCAAGCAGUAUGGACAUCGAUUGACCAUGCAUCCGGGACAGUUUACACAAUUGGGAUCACCAAAGAAGGCAGUCAUUGAUUCUUCGAUCCGCGAAUUGGAAUAUCAGUGUGAGAUUAUGGAUAGAAUGGGGCUCGACCAAGACGGUGUCAUGAUCAUACACAUGGGAGGUGUCUAUGGCGACAAGGAAAGCACGUUGGCCAGGUUUAAAGAGAACUUUACCACGAGGCUGCCUAGAAAUGUCGGCAAUCGAUUGGUGCUGGAGAAUGACGAGGUACGUCGUACCAAAUACUGUUCAAGGUCUGAGCUGAUCUCUCGAAAGAUCUGCUACAAUGUCGAUGACAUUUUCCCUCUCUGCGAGGAGCUCUCCAUCCCCAUCAUCUUUGACUACCACCACGACAGCAUUAAUCCUUCCUCCUCCCCCCCUUCGGUUCUCAUCCCAAAGAUCGCCGAGCUGUGGAAAAAGAGAGGCAUCAAGAUGAAACAGCAUCUGAGCGAGCAAAGGCCUGGAGCCGUGAGCGUAAUGGAGAGGAGGGCACACUCCGACAGGUGUCAGAAUCUACCGGAAGAGCUGCCCGAGGACGUGGAUUUGAUGAUCGAGGCAAAGGAUAAGGAGCAGGCUGUGUUUGAGUUGUAUCGAAUCUAUGGGCUUGAAGAUGUAAUUCACGACAAUUUGCGUCCCCCUGACCCCAGUCCCAGCAUGCACACCAAGGGCAGGAAGAGCAAUCUCAAAAAAAAGAUCAAAGAGACGGGCGAAGUCGACUCGCAAGGGGAGCCCGUCCAGCUCACUGAGAUCGAAAAAGAAGGCGACGGAGGUGAAGGAGUUGAUGCUACUUUACCCGCAGCCGAGGAUCCUGGCAUGGAGGUUGACGGACUAGAGAUGGAGGGUGAGGGUGACGUCAAGCCCAAGAAGAAAAGAGCGCCCAAGGCGAAGAAGGAGGAGGCAGUGGAGGAGAAAGGAGAAAAGCCGAAAGCGAAUAAGAAAGGCACGAAAGUUGGGGCGGAGAAGACUGGCGAUGAGGGAGAGAAGCCGCCUCCCAAGAAGAGAGGUAGAGCCAAGAAGAACGAGACGCCAGUCAAAGCUGAAGAGUGAUUGAUCCGUUAGACUAUCGUUACAGUAACAUAUGCAGAAAGAAGCUAUGCAGUGCCCAUCGUUCCGAG